AUGGAACCAGACUGUGUAUUUUCAAGGCUAUCAACUCAUACUACUGGCAUACUGGAUUUCAACUGUUAUUGUGUGGAAACAUUGAUAUUGGUAAUUGAAGUUAAGAGGAAGCAUAUUUUAGAAGGUAUCAAAGAACAGGCUUUUCCUGAGUUUUAUCAAGCAAGUGAAAAGGCAAGAAUGGUGAUUCAACAAAUUUACAACUAUAUGGGAGAAAAUAAACUUAGAUAUGGUAUCCUUACCACUUAUGAUAAUCACUGGUUUCUAUGCCAAGAGCAUACAGAGCUUUGGGUUUCAAAAACUCUUCCAUUAGAACCAAAAUCUCCACCAGUACUCAAGGCAUAUGCUUAUCUAACUCAACAGGCAAAAGAGAAUCCUAAUUCCCCUCAUCCACUUCAGGUACCAGUACAAGCUCAUGGGAAUAAUAAUUCAUAUGUUCUUCAAUCACAGUUAAAAUUAUCUUCUAACCAAUCAGCAAAUCAACAAACAACUCCCAGCACAUUGUUUCAUGGUGAUACAAUUGUUUUGAAGAGUGUAGACUUAUCAAAAGCCCCACCAUAUGUUCUGGAAGAAAUGCAAGUAUAUCCAAAGUUGAUCUGCUAUGGAUAUUAUGGAGGAGGUAUGAGUUUUGUUAUUGGUAUGACCAUUGUUGAUACUAUGUUGUGUGAGCAUAAAAUAACAAAACAGCAAAGGUCAAGGGCUAUUAAGGGAUUAAAAAUGAUUCACAAGCAUGGCAUCCUCCACAAUGACAUUCGGGAGGAAAAUGUCUUAAUUAACAAUAAUGGCAAUGUGUACCUGAUUGACUUUGGGAUGGCAAGUUGGGAGGACACAAAAAAGAGGAGAAAGCUUUUUGAGGAGGAACAGCUCAAAUAUUCUAACUUGCUAGAUAGAUAUAAGGCAGGAUGA